AUGACGGAUGCGAGCGACAUAUACCGGCGCUUCGUGGAGGCCCCGCUACGUCUCAAGACGCGCACGCCGUCUCCCUCACCUCCUUCGACGCCCCCUGCCUCCUCACAACAGAAUGACGCCUCGGAUCGGAGUCCGUGGGGUGAUUCGCCAGCUUUUUCCACACGAUCUAAAGAAAUCCAGAAACUGCGGCGGCGCGUAGGUAAAAUCAAGCUUUUCGGGAUUCCUAGAGAUUUAGACGAUGAUUUAAAAGCAGCGACAGCUUCGGACACGGAAAGCAGCGCUGGAACGAGCUCAUUUGACGCAGCAGCCUCGAAAAUAUGGCCAAACGAGGCUGGGACAGCCUCGAAGACGGUUUUGAAGAAGAAAAAGCGCGUCACACGUUCAGUCAGCAUGAACAAUGAGAACACAGGAGAGGAUUUUAUGGACACACCAACCAGAUGCUCGAAGCCGCCAAAACGAUUACGAAAAUACAGUCGAGACUUAAGCAGCAGGAAAGAAAGUGGAAGCAACAGAAGAACCUCGGUGACGAUCACAUUGCCAUUACGUCGAAGUCGACGACUACAGUAUGCUAUAGCGGAGCCACCAAUUGACCCUGCUGCUCGGGAACUGGCAGAAUUGAUCUCGACAUAUUGUGACGCAUUACUGGCGACAAACACCAUCUCCGGGUGCUUUUUUGCAUUGUCAUGGAAUGCUCUUCGUGGUGAGCAGGCUGUGAUUAUGUCAAAAUCGACGUUAAUUGACUCGAAGCCGCUCCAGAGCGUGUUUAGUAUUUGUCAUGGCAUCGCGAAGUGCGAGAAACUAGCCCAACACUCGUUCCAUUCGAAGUCACCAAAAACGAAAUCACCAAAGUUAAAGUCAGAUAUGCCAAGACGACGCUCUUCUGGGAAGAUAACGCUGAAGUCUAAGAAAACGAAGAAGAGCGUGCAUUUCCGAAGUUUCGACCUUUCCUGUCUCAAUCUACAGUACGUUGAGGACGAGCAAGUAGCUGUCAUGGUUGACAAAAUUCUGAGCCUUUAUGGGACCAUCAUGGCGCAGCUGGAAACGAUACUCUCGUGCGUGAUGGCAAGUCCGUCUAGAAUAUACAGCAGUAUCGAAACUACAGAUGCGUCCAAAAAGACUUAUCGACGUGCUUUCGGUGGACGAGAUCUUUACAGCCAGCACGAAAUUCGGAUUUCUGGCGAGUAUUUUGCCCGUCAAUUCGCCAACCUGUUGCACUCGUCAUCAUCCCCACCGCAGUUUCUUCAAGGCGUUUUCUCGUCGCUAGCCUCUUCUUCCGUACGAUUCAAAUUGCGAGUUCUAUUCAUUGAGAGUGAAGAUUUCGGCGACGGGAUCAGUAGCGAGCUCGAAAGUCGUGUGUUGCUAGACGACGACGGCAAACCUUUCCCAGCUAUGGCGCCGUAUGAGCAUCAGGAUCUUGGAGCGGCCAUUCACUGGGCAUUACAGGAAUCUGUUCUGUACUGGCCGCUCGUGCAGCCUCUGAAUGAAACACUGAAGCGUGAGGGAGACAGUUCAUGUAGCGACCGUCUUGAAGAAGACUCACCCGUGAAGACUUUCCUGGAUGAAAGUGCAGCCGAAGACCUCGAUCACAUGGAGAAAUACGUUCUUGCUCGUCGAUUUCUGAGAUUUCAUCUCACAAAGUCGUGGCGUCAGCGCUUGAAGGAUAAUGAUAUUGCUGAAACAUGGACAUCGAUUGAGAAGGUGUGCGCACUGGCGAAAAGAUUUCAUUUUGAAGACGAAGCUCAUCUCUUCCCUCUAGCUUCUGUCGAACAGUUCGUCAGUAUAUUGGCAAGCGAAGAACCCACACUACGGCGAAUGGAAAAGGUGUUGCAAUCCUUUUACGAGCAGAAAUACGGGACGAGCUCGUUGCAGCCAGAGCCGUGUAUGGAAUGCCAUCACCUCAUUACGAGAGAGGAGAUCUCGCUCUCCAUCAGAUGCACUACGUGCGCACGUCGAUUCCACCUGGCCUGUCUGCAUCUGCCCGAGUCCUUCACUCAGUAUGCCGAGCACUACACGUGUCCUGCGUGCUUCCUUGGUCGAGGAGGGUACUGAGGUUAUUCAAGUUGGUAAGUUUAAGAAUAUUUUUUUGCGGGGAUAGACAGUUAGAAUACGUGCAUAGCUUGCAUUGCAAUAGAUCCCCUUCGUACA